UUCAACAACCGGGUCAUUACAGUUGGUUAGUUCAAAGUGACAAUGAAGGUUUUCAUAGUACUUGCACUGUGCGUAGCUUCCGCGUUGGCGGGUUACGAAGAGGACUUGUGGCUUGAGAAGAACAGUGUACGUCCGUUGGAUUUGGAGGAUUUCGAGGAGCCACAGUACGAAGGACGAAUUGUUGGCGGCUCUGAAGUUGGCAUUGCUCAGUUCCCCUACCAGCUAUCGCUCCGUUCGAACGGUAACCAUAUCUGUGGUGCUUCGAUCAUCUCUAGCAAUUGGGCUUUGUCGGCCGCUCAUUGUACCCAUCCGAUGCCAUCAGUUGGAUCUAUCACUUUCCGAGGAGGAAGCGCCAACAGACUCAGCGGCGGAACCAUCUUCCAGGCUGCUCAGAUCGUAAACCAUCCAUCAUAUAGCGCUAGCACCAUCAAUAACGAUGUCUGUGUCAUUCGAAUCACAACGUCUUUCACUGGAGCUAACAUCUCUCCAAUCACGCUGGUGCCAAGCGGAACGAGUUUCGCUGCUGGUACUCGUAGUAUCGUAUCUGGUUGGGGUUUGACGACCCCUGGUGGAUCUCUGCCAACAAACCUUAGAGCUGUCGAUAUUCCUGUGGUUGCUCAAGGAACCUGCCAGAGUCAGUGGGGAGCUGGAAGAAUCACCGCAAGCAUGGUGUGCGCUGGACAGCCAGGACGUGAUUCCUGCAACGGCGACAGUGGUGGUCCCCUCGUUACCGGUGGACGCCAGUUUGGUGUUGUGUCAUGGGGCGCUGUGCAGUGUGGCGGCAGCCUCCCUGGUGUUUACGCUAAUAUUGGAGCUGCUGUAAUUCGUAACUUCAUUAGUUCGAAUACCGGUGUUUAAGAAACUUGUAUGAAGAAUUAACAAUAAAAUAUUUUCCUUGGA